AAUGGCCACAAUGUCUCAAGAAGCAAUCGUACACGCUUACAGGCACGUAUAUCGUCACAGUCUGCGGGCAGUUCAAUUCUCGAAACCGGCUCGGUAUACAUUGCGUAACCGCAUCCGUCUGGCCUUUCGGAGAGGCUCUGCUACCGACUUUGAGCCUCAAAAGGUGCAGAACACGAUUGAGUUUCUCCAAUAUGCUACCAAGGAGAAUGGACUGGAACACAAGAUCGUGAAAAAUCUCCUGUUCGUCUGGUGGGUACAGGAAACUGGAGGCCGCACAAAAAAUUAUCAAUCAAGGACCAUGACUCGCGAUGAGCUCGAGAUCAAGACGACCGCAUACGAUACCUUUAACCACAACAUCCGUAUGCUCAAUGAAAGCAUGGGAAUAUGCCUGCCUUCCAUGACACUUCGCGAUCCAAACUAAGUCACGCUCACUUGAUGUCUGAGCAAGGAGAGUCUUACAUGAAGUCUUCGAGGAAGUUCUCGUCGCGGUUCUCGUUGCUGUUCGCCUCCAGGUUCUCCUCAGUCAUAACAUCGUCAUAAGCAUGGUCUCUUCGCCAUGCGAGCUCCUUGCGUUCCUUGGCAACGCGCGCUUCUUCUUUCCUCUAUCAUAGCGUCAGGACUCGUCCAUUGAGUGCGACGCUUGGAAGAAGACCCUUUGCGGAACAAGUGUGGUUCAAAAUAGAGAAAUCCACGUACCUUUGCCUGUAAAGCACUCUGAUCUCUCUUCCUCAACUCCGCCCGCCUCGCCUCCCGCUCUUCUCUCAGAUCAGGAAACUUCUCCACUUUGGUCUUGUUGAGACGAUUUACAAUAGCAUUCUCCCGCUGUUCCACAUGUAUGCGCUUGACCUAAACAAAUACAAUAAUCAGUUUUC